UGGACCAAGCUAUUCAAUUACUUCCUUUACUCGCAGGCAAACGGGGCGGAGGCGGCCGAGUGUGCUCACUGGCGUCAUCAUAAGCACGUAUUUUGAUGCCGGUGGGCGAGGACUCGGCCCUGGGCGCUCCCGGGAUUUCCGUCUCGGCUUUUGAGGACGAGGCCGAGGCGAGUGCACACUUGAACAUAACAUACUAUUGCACAUGUAGCUGUUCAAUCCCACCCAAUAGGAAGGAAAAUAUCCGUGCAGGGUUUUAUUAUCAGUGAGCUAUGGUGUAUAACGCAAUGAAAUGUGAUAAAUAUGAACGUGAACAUAUGCACUAAAGGUGCUGGCACUUUUUAUAAUUGAGCAAAUCAGAGGGUGGAUUAAUUCGUCCACGUAAAGGCAAAAUCUAAAACAAAAGCAUGUACGAGAAAACCGUAUGUAUUGCAAUAAUACUGGAGUUUCCAAGGCUAAAACAAGUGUAGUUUGUGUGUAGUCCUUUUUCUUGUUGUUUUUGUGGUUGUUGCAACCCUCAGUUGUAUUGUGUGCACGCUGUCGUAAGGUUCCAUUUCUGUAUCACAGAGGUACAGUUUCGCAAAAACGGGAAGUGCAACCUUUCGAGCUGCCAUUAGACAUACUUGGGAAGUCAAUCCUUGACAUGAAUGGCACUACCUCUGAAACAGUCUAAUUUUGUUUCCCCUGAGUGGAAUGCAGCCUCAUCAAACCCACUCUCAAUAUCUAGAAAAUGCAGGCAAGUCCUGUGUGCUGUUUAGAACUUAUAAAUUCCCUUCUAGGGGAGAUCCGCAGGUGCCCAGGCAGGUCAUGGGCAGCAGGCAGCCGAGCCGGUGCCCUCCACCUCAUGGGGUGAGAUCUCUUAUGAGGACAACUAGGAUUGUGUGAUAUGACAGAAGCAUUCUUUGUUUCAUGGCAGAUGUCAGGCCACCUGCAAGGCCCCAGGUGCGAUCCAAGGCGCCUCGUGUCGCCCCUCGAAUGUCGAGGCAGGAGCGCCACAACGAGGCUGCCAUGCAGGCUGUUGCCAACCAGACUCUCCAGCUGCAGCAGAACGAGACGAGGGACGCGCGGGACGUGGAGUUCCACGGCCAGCUCCUGCGUUCCAUCGAGACCCUCAGCCACUGCAUGAAGGCUGUUGCAGAGGCGAACCAGGAGCAAGCUUGCACCACACAGGUCGUGGCCCUGGUGAAACUCCAAAACACAACCCGCGUGCUCGUCGAGGUCGUUCUGCUGCUGACUGCCGAGAGAAGCCGAGCCCAGCAAAGCCAAGAUCUGUCGAGCCCUGCCCAGCCAUCCCUCCAGCCCCGCCUAGUCCAGCCCCGCCGAGCCCAGCCCCGCCGAGCCCAGCCAAGCCGAGCCGAGCCAAGCCGAGCCGAGCCGAGCCCAGUCGCGCCCAGCACCGCCGAGCCGAGCCCAGUCGCACCCAGCACCGCCGGAUCCAGCACCGCCGGGUCCAGCACCGCCGGGUCCAGCACCGCCGGGUCCAGCACCGCCGGGUCCAGCACCGCCGGGUCCAGCACCGCCGGGUCCAGCACCGCCGGGUCCAGCACCGCCGGGUCCAGCACCGCCGGGUCCAGCACCGCCGGGUCCAGCACCGCCGGGUCCAGCACCGCCGGGUCCAACACCGCCGGGUCCAACACCGCCGGGUCCAACACCGCCGAGCCCAGCACCGCCGAGCCCAGCACCGCCGAGCCCAGCACCGCCGAGCCCAGCACCGCCGAGCCGAGUCCAGCCACGAAUAAUUUAGUUUAA